CAUAAUCAUGUAAAAACGCGUGGGGGGCAUAUGAUAUAAUACCCAAUCCUCCUGAGAAACGUCCUAGUGUGGUGAGGAUACUCCGAGACGAAGGCUGAGCGGUGUAGAUGUGAGGGCAGCCCGGGCGCCUGACUGCCGGGCAGCCGGGUCGGUCGGCCUCCGAGGACUGCUUGAGAACCGUGCGGCAUCAUGACUUCAGCAGACGUAGCCCUCAUGUCAGACGGCGAUCUACAGGCCGUGGCCUCGGUCCUGGCAAUCAUUGCCGUGUUGGGGAUUGUGAAUAACUCCACCACCCUGUACCUCGUUGGGCGGUACAGCCAGCUGCGAACACCCUUCAACAUGCUGGUGGUGAACCUCACGGUCAGCGACCUGCUGGUGUGCGUCCUCGGCACGCCCUUCAGCUUUGUCUCUAGUCUGAAGGGCCGGUGGAUGUUCGGGCGUGCCGGCUGUGUGUGGUACGGCUUCAUCAACAGUCUGCUGGGUAUCGUGUCCCUGACCACCUUGACAGUCAUCUCCUACGAGCGCCACCAGAUGAUGAAGCGGCCCCCAAACGCACCCAAGCUGUCCUACCGCUGGGUGGCACUUUCCGUGCUGUUCGUCUGGGUCUACAGCCUGCUCUGGACGGUCCCGCCGUUGAUGGGGUGGAGCAGCUACGGUCCCGAGUCUCACGGCGUGAGCUGCUCGGUCAACUGGGUGUCGCGCACCGCCAACGAUACCUCCUACAUCGUGGCGUUCUUCGUGGGCUGCCUGGCUGUUCCUGUCGCCGUCAUAGUUGUCUCCUACACCCGUCUGGUCCUACAUGUGCGGCGGGCACAAGAGCAGCUGCCAGAUGCACCUCCACAGCUGGGAGGUGCCGCCCAGCAGUCCAGCAUCACCCGGCGUGAGAAGAGAGUGACGUGGAUGGUGGUGGUGAUGGUGGUGUGUUUCGUGUUGUGCUGGCUGCCGUACGGCGUCAUGGCGCUGGUCGUGACGUUCGGCGGAGAGGAGAUGGUGACCCCGGAGGCGGCCAUGGUGCCCUCGCUGUUCGCCAAGUCCAGCGUGGCGUACAACGCCGGCAUCUACGUCGCCAUGAACAGCCAGUUCCGGAGGUGUUUUUUGAGCUGCUUCAAGUGCCGGUCCCUGCAGCCGGACCGCACGUCCCAGCAGUACGCCUGCAAGAACAGCCAAGUCGGUGUCUCGACCUGCAGUACACAAGUGGAUCGCAACAACAGCUCGGGCGCUGCUGCCACGUGUAAUGCGCAAGCUAAUGGUUCAAACUCUGCUGGGCGCAGUGCAGAUAGUAAUCCGGGGUUUAAGAAGCCCCACCAUUACGGUUUCCACUUACUAAAAUCUGUCCCAUAUCAGAGGGUGAAGAGUAAAAAAAGUUGAAAGGCCGCCAAAAGCAUCUUUCUUUCUCCCUUAUACUCUUAUCCCAAAUCUCUCUACCAAGGUGGCAAGGUGGCUUCAUGGUUAUCAAUAUGGUUGUUGACUAAAAAUCCUAGUUUUCUGAGUUCGAAUCCCCGUCAGGCCGCAACGUUGGGCCCUUGGGAAAGACUCUUUACACUUAUUUCCUCACUUGGCUAAGGUGUACCUAGCUUCGGUUAGGGACAGUCAUCCUCUCGGAUAGGACGUAAAGCCAGAGGUCCAGUGUUUGAGGAGAUCUAGAGCCACUACCUUUAGCAUCUUAAAAGAUCCCACCACACUUAUACGAAAAGAGAAGGGGUCCUCGUGUGCGUGGUUGAAAACGUACAGCCUGGUCUUCACGAAUCUGUUUAUUUAUCUGUUUAUCUAUUUAUUUAUCUGUACUGGUAGGGGUUUAGGUCCUACCGAUAUUUAUAUGUGCCAAUUUUUAUUUGU